CUUUUAUUUCCGAGUCGUCGCAGAUGUGGGAGAUGGUGGCGGCGAGCAAGACUUACGAUUCCGACAUUGCUAAGAAAGGGAGGCUGAGACGGGAGGAAGGGGAAAAUUGGGAGACAACCAAACCUCCUCGCUGUACGCCUACUCACCUCUCUCGCUGUUUCCCUCAAAGACUACCACGUGGACAUUGAUUUUCCUCGCGUCCGCCUUUCGUCAGGCUGCCAACGUCCACCAAAACAAGGCGCAAGACCCAACAGAAGAGGCGCAAACGAUGCCAACCGACACCUCAACCCCAACGCUCACCCCAGCCCAACUGGAAGAACACCUCCACCUCCGAAUCCAACGCCUGGAGGUAGAAGCCACCAGCUACCACGACAUCCUCUGCGAGCGCGACGCCUCAAUCCAAAGCCUGCAAGACCAGCUCCAACGCGUCCGGGACGAGAAUGCCACGCUCCGCACCCGGAACGCGACGUUGUCGCGCGACAUGCACGGGUUGUUGUCGUCGUCGUCGUCGUCAUCGCAGGGAUCGGCGGGCGAGGGUUCAUCGCCGCUGCUAGCGCGACCGGACGCGGAUGGUUCGUCGCGGAAAUUGGCCGUGGCGGAGGAGAUUAUUUCCGAGUCGCAGCAGAAGUAUGACGAGCUGCGGGCGAAAUACGACGUCGCUUGCGAGGAGAGGCGACAGUCGAGAGAGCAGGCUUUGAAAAUGCAACAGGAGAUUCGAGACUUGAGGGAGCAGGUUUCCGCGAUCCAUAAGGAGAGAGAUGCGCUGCGGACGAGUUAUGACCUCGCCUCGGAGGGAAAUGCGAGGCUGAAGGAGCACUUUCCCAAGUGUUCGGAGCGGAGCGAAGAGCAGGAAAAGGCUCUGUGGAAGUUGCGUGAUGCGCUUGGAAAGAAGGAGAAGGAGAUUGUGAAGCUGCAGUAUGCGGUCGACCAACAGAAGGCGACACUUGGAACGAAGGAGAAGGAGAUUGUGAAGCUGCAGGAUGUGGUCGACCAACAGAAGGCGACACUUGGAACGAAGGGGAAGGAGAUUGUGAAGCUGCAGGAUGUAGCCGACCAACAGAAGACGACGCUUCGAACGAAGGGGAAGGAGAUUGUGAAGCUGCAGGAUGUGGCCGACCAACAGAAGACGACACUUGGAACGAAGGAGAAUGAGAUUGUGAAGCUGCAGGAUGUGGUCGAUCAACAGAAGGCGACACUUGGAACGAAGGAGAAUGAGAUUGUGAAGCUGCAGGAUGUGGUCGAUCAACAGAAGGCGACACUUGGAACGAAGGGGAAGGAGAUUGUGAAGCUGCAGGAUGUGGCCGACCAACAGAAGGCGAGGCUUGAGAAGCAGAUCCAAAAGCUUGCUAUCGCAGGCGAUGAGCUAGGCAGAGCCAACUCCACGCUGCUUCAAAGCGAUUGGUACCGACGAUGUGUUGCCCUGUGUAGGGAGUCUCACUGGAUACCAGACGAGUGGUGGUUUGAAGGCGAAGUGAAUAGCCGACUCAGGGUGGUCAUGGAGGUCCUGAAGGAAGUCAGCGACCUCCGAGGCGGCAUGGUUAACAAUUCUCCAUCCAUGUGUCGCAUCCAUCGAAUCGUCCUUGCUGUUGCAUGCCUUGGCCUCUUUCAGUCCAACAUCCAGUAUCUCCUCGACGGUCUGAUUGCCCUGGCAAUAGGUUGUUUGGUGAGCGGUGGAGCACUGGCUCAACGGCAACGACUGGAGCUGGAGCUUGAGCCGGAGGGCCUAGGAAGUCAACGUGCUCGAGGCCACAAGUGUACAAUCCACCAGUGUGAUGCAGAAAAAGCGGAUCUGCAGCGUGAUCGGUCGAAACGGUGGAGGAGGAAGUGA